AUGAAAGGGAGUGUUUACGCCAGCUCUUCAGACUGCUCCAGAUUAGUAUUCUGCUGGUCAUGCGGUGGUUGUGGUUGUGGUGGUGGUGGUGGUGGUGGUGGUGGUGGUGGUGGUGGUGGUGGUGGUGGUGGUGGUGGUGGUGGUGGUGGUGGUGGUGGUGGUGGUGGUGGUGGUGGUGGUGGUGGUGGUGGUGGUGGUGGUGAAGGUAUGGCAUGGGAAGGGGGGAACGAGGUGGUGGUGGUUAUGGUGGACAGAUGGGAGGCCGGCGCGUCUCGCCCCUGGUCGUGGUCGGGUGGUGGUGGUGGUGGUGGUGGUGGUGGUGGUGGUGGUGGUGGUGGUGGUGGUGGUGGUGGUGGUGGUGGUGGUGGUGGUGGUGGUGGUGGUGGUGGUGGUGGUGGUGGUGGUGGUGGUGGUGGUGCCCCGCGAGCGUACAGGGGAGAGACGGGGGAGAUGUGGGGAAAAGGGGGAAGGGGAAGCGGAGAUGGGUGGGGGGAGAUGUGCGGGGAGGAGCAGAGGGGGUGGAGGGGGUUGGGAAGAGGGGGUGUUGGGCGAUGUAAAGGAAAAGGCGGGGAGACAAAGAUACAGUACGACAGAGGGAGGGAUGAGGACGAACGGGAGGAAAGGGGGAAGGGGUUCUGGGUGAAAGGGUUCGUGUGA